AUUGCUGGUUCACAGUAACGCCUGCGCAAAGCAGUGAGUAGUGUGGAGAGUUGAGGAGUGAGAGCCGGUGUUUAGUUGCUGGAGUGGUCCCGAUUGCGGCUUCUCUAUGGCAGCAGGAACGCAUGUACAGAAUUACAGCCUGCUCUAAAUCUCAAGAGGUGAUCUGCUUCCACUUUCCUAUGAAACCUUGUUGCCAAUAGAAACAAACAGAGUGGAAAAUGCUCCCAGGGGUCGGUGUGUUUGGGACAGGCACCACUGCACGGGUUUUGGUGCCACUGUUGCGUGCUGAAGGCUUUACCAUUGAGGCACUCUGGGGAAGAACGGAAGAAGAAGCCAAGCAGCUGGCAGAGGAAAUGAACAUUUCAUUCUACACAAGCCGGACUGAUGAUGUCUUGCUCCACCAGGAUGUGGAUCUUAUCUGCAUCAAUAUUCCUCCCCCUCUCACAUGCCAGAUUGCUGCUAAAGCGUUAGGUAUUGGAAAGAAUGUGAUCUGUGAGAAAGCAGCUACUUCAGGGGAUGCCUUCAAAAUGGUGAAAGCAGCUCGUUACUAUCCUAAACUCAUGAGUAUUGUUGAUAAUGUGCUUCGCUUCCUGCCAGCAUUUGUCAAGAUGAAGCAGCUAAUUGAAGAAGGCUACGUUGGUAAUGUCAUGAUCUGUGACGUGCGUGUAUAUUGGGGCAGCCUUCUCAGCAGCAAAUAUAACUGGAUCUGUGAUGAACUGAUGGGUGGGGGUGGACUUCACACAAUGGGCACCUAUAUAGUAGACCUCCUGACUUACUUGACAAAUAAGAGGGCUGAGAAGGUCCACGGCCUCCUGAAAACCUUUGUGAAACAAAAUGACAAUAUUCAUGGAAUACGACACGUCACUAGUGAUGAUUUCUGCUUCUUCCAGAUGUUAAUGAAUGGUGGCGUGUGUAGCACCGUUACACUCAACUUUAACAUGCCUGGCCCAUUUAUCCAUGAAGUCAUGGUUGUGGGAUCUGCGGGACGUUUGGUUGCUCGAGGAACAGACUUGUACGGACAAAAAAAUACUUUCUUCAAGGAGGAGCUGCUACUUGCUGAUACCAUGUCGAUAAAUACACCUGGGCUGCUAGAGAAAGCAUUCAGUGAUAUUCCCCUCAUGUAUUUAAAAGGCAUUGUUUACAUGGUGCAAGCCUUGAGCAAGUCCUUUAAGGAUCAAGAGGAUCGGCGCACCUGGGCCCACAAACCAGUUUCAAUGGCUGCUUCCUUUGAAGAUGGCCUUUAUAUGCAAAGUGUUGUGGAUGCUAUUAAGAGAUCAAGCAGGUCCGGGGAAUGGGAAGUUAUUGCUAUGAUAACAGAAGAACCAAAUUCCAAUCAGAACCUAUGCAAUGCCUUGCAACGUAAUAACCUGUAGUAAACAGUAGACACAUUUCACCAAAAACAAAACCCAAUAUCAAUUCAACUAAGAUCAUAUUUAAGGUACCAAAACAACUUCAGGUUAGCUUUUGUAAGUAUGUUAAGGGUAUUGGUGUUGUUUAUGGUUCAGUAGUUUCAAAGUACACAGUUACACCUGCUCCAGUAUAGAAAUACAUGAAACCAUCCUAUUUCAUUAUGGAGUUCCUAAAUUUUGUCUUCUGUUGACUAUUUCAGCAAGCUGUAUUUUAACUGUACUUGGUAUACAAAGUAUAAGAACUACACCCAGGCAUUGAAAUGAUGCUUGCUUAGUCAUUCCUAAAGCCAUCCUGGAGAUGAAGUUGAUGCAUUCAGAAUUGCAAAAUCAAAACCUACAGGCGGAAAAACAGAGAAACUUCAGUAAAGAUCCCAAUGAUAAGACAGCAUUGAAAAUUGUGGCUGGCUGUAAAUUGUGCAUUUUCCUGUUUUGCAUUGCUAAUUGUCUGUAGACCUGUUCAUUCAAAAUCUCAAAAGAAACCAAGCAUCGAUCCUAAACACUUUCCCUCUUCCCAGGUUAGAUUGCAUAUUUCAUGUGGAGUUAAAUCUAGCUUUCUCUGUGGCUUGGAAGUGAAUACUGAUUCUGAUCCUGGCGAGGGUGAUGUUGUGGGUGUAGUUCUUUCUGUAGAACCUAACGUGAUCACUAAGAGUGUCCAUUACCUUUUUUUGGAGGGAGGAUCAGGUGAGUAGAACGAAUCACCUUAUUCAGUUGGGAAUCAGAAAUCGUAAGCAGUUUUGUGUAAGUUCUAGUGUCUUUAAGCAUUUUGAAUUAAUCAGAUUUGCUUAAAUUUUGAUAAAGUAGAACUCUGUGAUGACAUGAAGUAUGUAGAAUGAAGGUAUUUGAUCAUCUGUAGUGCCUUAUGUGGGCCAGACUCUACAUCCUAAUAGCCUUUAUGUACAUAGAAGCUAAAUGUACAAACAUACUAAUCUGAUCAAUUGCCAGACAUAAUUUUUGACUACUAUUAUUAGUGAUCAUUUCAAGGCAUGCAAUUAUACUUUAGUAUUUAAGCGAUUAAAAUAUUUUUUUCCUUCAAUACAAUGUUUACAAACUGGCAGUUCUGUUCAAAAAAGCUUUAUUUCAUAAAGCUGGCUAUUGAUAGGACUAGGGGAACAACAAAUGCUGAGCACCAGUCUAGCCCAUAAGAAUACAUCUUUUCCGCAUGUGAAAGAGAAAUGCUCUGGUUUAUGAAAGACUCAUUAGAAUGGGGGGUGGGAAAGGGGAGGGGAGGGAUGAGGUGGCGAAGGGAUUCUAGUUCAUUAAGGAUUUCAAUGUAUAUCCUGUAUUUGAAUAGCAUUGCAAAAAUGGCUGGAAUAUUUUUGUAAUGUGCUGCAUUUGUUUUCCACUUUGGUAUUUCAUAUUGUCAAUAUUCAAUUUCUGUAGUAACCAUAAAACAUGUUUUAUGGACCUGAAGGUCUUAAUUUUUAAAUACUUCCAGGUUGUGCAUUUUUGUCAUAGUUUUAAAAAAAGUCUAAAUAUACUUUUUUCAAAUUUGUAUAUGUUGACUCCAAAGAGAUAUUUAUUACAGUCUUAAGUGUUUUUAUUAAAAUGUGUUUGCUUAGUAAGACUGUUCAAGAUGGGGAGUAAAUUGUGUUAAAAUUGUGUUCAAAUAUACAGCUAGGCUGUUUCACUGAAAUAGUUGAACUGUACAGAGAAUUGGUUAACUAUAGAUAUUUAUUUUUCGUUAAAUUCAGAUAUAUGGGUUAUUUAUAUUGAGGUUUGUUUUCCAUUGAUAGGGGUUCAAACAUUAAACCUGAUAGAUUUCCUGUGUAAAAUGCUUAAAAUAAAAAUGUUAUUUAAGACUAUUUUUGUUGUUGAAGUAUUACUAUCCUAGUAAUAUAUAGAGCUUUGGGAAAUAGCUCUGUGUCCAUAUGUCACAUUGUUUGUAUAGAUUUGCUAUACAAAAUACAAAUUGAUAUUUUAAUAAUGCAAUUAAAUCUUAUUUAUGGACACAAACCUAUUAAUUCUUAGUGGGUGGUUUUUAAGCAGUACAAAUAAAGCGUGAAACACAACACUGAAAACGAUGUCUGUCUUUGUUUUGAAUACUGUCCUGUUCUGCAUCUAGGAAAUGCAGGUUUUGCUGUAUUAGGGGAAUAUGCCUGUUACAUGUUUUGUCUUUGAGUUCUAGCACAUUGUUAAAAGUUUCUGAACCAGUAAACUAUCUGCUGUGGGUCAGAAAUAAAUUUUUUUUUUUAAAACUGA